UGGUAGAAAAUUUAUAAUGGCGACAAAUCUGUGAAAAUCUUGUAAAUAAUCAUAAAAAUUGCAUUGUCCCCAAAAAUGCAAAUGCAAUUACGUGAAACGUGAGUGUGAAAUAAAUGCUACGCAAAAUUGAUUAAUACUGUGCUAUUUUCGCACAGUAACAAGUGCCACCAGCGUGUGUGUCUGCGGCGGCAAAAAACGCAAAUGUAAAAAUAUAUAACAAAAUUGCAUUCACUUGGGCCAAUACAAAAGUAGUGAUACAUGUGUUUAAUUAAUUUUAUCAGCAACAUUGCUACAAAAUAUCCCUUCUAAAUCAAUAACAAAUGCUUUUAUUACAAUAAAAGGGGGAAAAAGUGCAAAAAAAAAACCUAUGAUUAUUAGUAGGCUGAAGAGAGGAAGAGGAGGAUGGUUGGCUGACAAGUAGAAGCUGAUAAAUGCAACACGCGCACCACCUGCUUGCCUCCCGCUCGCACUUAUAGACAUAGUAAUCGCGCCCUUAAAACGAGCGUGCUGUGUGGGAGCGAGAAGGCUUGAGAAGUCGUGUCAUAGCAGCUAAACAAUAUCCGAAAGCUAAAGAGUUUUUCCAUAUUUUUUGUGUAUUUUUGGUGUGAAAACCCAAGGAUGGAUAAAAAAUAAUUAAUCCUUAUCAAAGACCUAAAAUUAUAAUGUUUUUAUAUUUCCGAACGUCAAGACGAGCCUCAGAAGCGUGGCAAUUAUCUGAAUAAAUUAAGCAAAACACAAACACAGAAACGCACAAAGUGUGUGCAAAUCAACGAACAAAACAAACCGUAGAAAAAGAACGUGAGAAGAGGAGCGGAGCGGGAAUAAGAUAACUCGCCUGGAGAGGAGUGCUGAGCACACAGGACUGCAAAGUGGCGUCGCUACUGAAGAUUAGGGCUGGGGCAGCAGCGGCGUCCAUGUCCAAGGGUCGGCACAACAAUAACCCCUAUUGCACCACUACCAGGAGAGCGCAUCAGCAGCAGCCGGUGUGGUGUCGCCAAUUGUGGCCUUAAGCAUGUAGUCUUGAAGCAAGAACCCGUUCUCUUACCAAGCACAAGACACGAGGGAGAAGAAGUAAAUCAAAACAGCAGAAACACACAAAACCAACUCGACACCAAUGAAAAAUGUCACAAAGAGGUAAGCGCGGUAAUCAACAUCAUCAUCAGUCGCAUCAUCCGCCGCCGCAGCAGCAACAGCGUAAGGAUGUUGAGCCACAGCCGCCCCCCACCAAACGGCGUAAAGGUAGACCGCCCAAUGGGGCAACAACAGCCGCGGCAGCAAUAGCAGCAGCGGCAGCGGGAACAGCAACAGGAGGAGACCGAGUUCCAAUUAUACCAUCUAGUAAAAGCAAAAAUGAUAUGGAACUGGAGCUUGAUAUUGGUGGAGGAAGUGGACUACCUGGAGCCGCCAGCAGCAGCAGCAUUAGCAAAUCCAAGUCAACGAAGCUGGCCAAGUCGUCUAGUAAAUCCAAGUCGCAGGGGGCGAGUACGAGUAGCUCAUGGCAGGCUCGGUCCGUGGCAGACAUUAAAAUGUCGAGCAUCUACAAUCGCAGCUCAACGGAGGCCCCAGCUGAACUUUACCGCAAGGAUCUCAUUAGCGCAAUGAAAUUGCCGGACUCGGAGCCAUUGGCCAAUUAUGAGUAUUUAGUUGUGGCGGAUCAAUGGAAGCAGGAGUGGGAGAAGGGCGUACAAGUACCUGUUAACCCCGACUCCCUUCCCGAGCCAUGCGUUUACGUUCUGCCUGAGCCAAUUGUGUCACCAGCCCACGACUUUAAGCUUCCGAAAAAUCGCUAUCUGCGCAUUACCAAAGACGAGCACUAUUCGCCGGAGCUGCAUUGCUUGACGAAUGUCGUUGCCUUGGCAGAGAACACCUGUGCCUACGACAUAGAUCCCAUUGAUGAGGCCUGGCUGCGUCUCUACAAUGGCGAUCGUGCUCAAUGUGGAGCUUUCCCCAUUAACGAGACACAGUUCGAGCGCGUCAUUGAGGAGCUGGAGGUUCGUUGCUGGGAGCAGAUUCAGGCGAUUCUUAAGCAAGAGGAAGGCUUGGGCAUCGAGUUCGAUGAAAACGUCAUCUGCGAUGUUUGCCGGUCCCCCGACUCGGAGGAGGCCAACGAAAUGGUAUUCUGUGAUAAUUGCAAUAUCUGUGUGCAUCAGGCUUGUUACGGAAUUACAGCAAUCCCAUCAGGUCAAUGGCUAUGUCGCACCUGUUCCAUGGGCAUAACGCCUGACUGCGUCCUAUGUCCGAACAAGGGUGGCGCCAUGAAGUCCAACAAAUCGGGCAAGCACUGGGCCCACGUUUCCUGCGCCCUGUGGAUACCAGAAGUCAGCAUUGGAUGUGUGGAUCGCAUGGAGCCGAUAACAAAAAUCUCAAGCAUUCCUCAAUCGCGCUGGUCUUUGGUCUGCGUGCUCUGCAGAAAGCGCGUGGGCAGCUGCAUCCAAUGCUCGGUGAAGCCCUGUAAAACAGCAUACCAUGUGACCUGCGCAUUCCAGCACGGCUUGGAGAUGCGGGCCAUCAUCGAAGAGGGCAAUGCCGAAGAUGGCGUGAAGUUGCGUUCCUAUUGCCAGAAGCACAGCAUGAGCAAAGGCAAGAAGGAGAACGCUGCCGUUGCAAGUGGGGGAGGCAGUGCCUCGGUCACGAGUUCCAUGCACAAACCGAACAAGUAUGGCGCUGUUACAGGCGGCGGAGCAGACGAGGGCAGUAGUGCGUGUGGUAAGACAGGAGAGGAUCAACGCAGGCGUAAGAAUCAUCGAAAGAACGACAUGACCUCCGAGGAGCGUAAUCAGGCAAGGGCUCAGCGUCUACAGGAGGUGGAGGCGGAGUUCGACAAGCAUGUGAACAUUAAUGACAUCAGUUGUCAUUUAUUCGAUGUGGACGACGAUGCCAUUGUGGCCAUAUAUAACUACUGGAAGCUGAAGCGAAAGUCGCGCCAUAAUCGAGAGCUGAUACCGCCUAAGUCCGAGGACGUGGAGAUGAUAGCCCGCAAGCAGGAGCAGCAGGACUUAGAGAACCAUAAACUUGUGGUUCACUUGCGGCAGGAUCUGGAGCGAGUUCGCAAUCUAUGCUACAUGGUUAGCCGGAGGGAGAAGCUGUCGCGCUCCCUAUUCAAGCUACGCGAGCAGGUCUUCUACAAGCAGCUGGGAGUGAUCGACGCGAUUCGCCUGGACAAGCAGCAGCAAAAACAGGAAGAAAAGCAGCGUCCCGCCCUGGACAUGGACACUGUAAUAUACGCCAACGAUGGGCCCACGUUGUACGAUCGCUUCUACAGCUCGGCUGGAGGACAAACUGUGCCGGCACAGUACCAGGAUCUGGAGUAUGUCCUCGAGCAGCUCAUGGGCAAGAUACAGAGUGGAAAGCAGGGACGUCGACGUGCCUCCCAGUCCCCCAACAAGCGUAAGCAGGUGGCUAAAGCUUCCCCCACCAAGAGGGUCAACAAUGGCGCCAUUACUUCCCGCACAUCUUCUCCAGAGAAGCCUACAGCGAUGAGCAAGGUGGCAUCCAUAUCCUCCACUGCUGCAAAGGUGCGGGGGGCACCGCCUGGGAAGCCUCCUACAGGGAGGCGUGCCUCGAAGAGCGGCGCGGCGACGGGGACGUCGACCCACAAUAAAACUCAAUCGCAAUCGCAUUCCCUCAUCCGAAGCAGUGCGUCCUCCCAUACGUCAAGCGGCAGUUCAUCAUCUGGUGAUUCCAGCUCGCCGAAUGGCACCAGUAGUUCCGACAGUUCCUCUGCAAGCGAUUCAGGAAGUGAAAGCGGUACCUCAAGCGCGGCCAGCGGAAUCUCCAGGCGAAAGUCUUUCACCACAGGGAGUCCCCUCAAAAAGCAAAGUUACGCGCGCUCCGUCGAGCAGAGACAGAAGCAGCGCCAGCGGCGUCAAAGUGAGGCGGCUGCAAGUGCGCCUGCGGCGUCUCCGAACUCAAGAUCUGCCACCAGCUCUAGCGAAGAUGAGGACGAUCAGCAGAGGCGGCGGCAAGAGUCAGAGCGUGAGGGCCGCGGACGUGGAGCAAUAUACAACAAAACAGUACCUAACAGAACCCAGCCAACUAAGUCAAAGCAAAGCAGUCAAGCAGAUGCAGGAGCCGCAGUCGGGACGGGAGCGAGAAGAAAAGUGUCAACAACAACACGAGGAUUGGCUCAGAUGCACAAGGAUGCCGAGGAGAGCUUGUGGAGCGAUGAAAGUGAAGAAUUGCUGCCUAUGAAAGGCGAAAUGCAACGCGAGGCCAUUUCAUCGUCUGGGGGACUGGUGCCGUCUGGCCCGAUGACCGGUGGCAGGAAGAUGGGGCAACAUAUUUACUCUGACUCGGAGAGCAGUUCCUCUUCCAACGAGAAGGAGCUGGAAGAAAUAACCACUGUUGAGAGCAACGUCAGUGAUUCGCAGAACCAGCAGACGAUACGAACGAAGGCGGCCAUGAAGGAGUUUGUGCCAGGCAAAGCUGCUACAACGACCCAAUCAGCCACAACAGCCACAGCCGCUGCCAGCAAAUCCACAAAAUCCACAAAAGAUGCAAAAGAAGGAGGCACCAGUUCUAAAGCGAAUUCCAACGCGAAGUUGCCAUAUCAAGCGGAUCUACUGGUAGUUCCACAGCGUCAGGCAGCCAAGAAGGCUUCCGAGAACAUGCGCUCCACGAAUCUCGCCACAGCGCUGCAGCCAGAUGCUUCAGAUAGAAUGCGUGAGCCAGAAACCAACUCGGCUGCUACAAGUGCCAAGAACAAGCCGAAGGACUCCGGCUCGAAGCAAGCGACGGAGGCGGAUAAAUUCGGUGGCGGAGACAAGGUGCGAUCCAAAGAGCAGACGAAGUCUACAGUGAAGUCGGCUGGAGAAGCGAUAGUGGAGCGUGGCAAGCGUGGUAGACCGCCCAAGGUGCCGAGAAAGCACCCUGCCGCCUCCACCAGCAGCAUUGAAAAAGAGAAACCACCUCCCCCCACCGAAGCAAAGUCUACUGCUCCUGUCACAAAUCCUACCGCAGCCAAGACCACUUUUGCUGUCUCCUAUGUGCCACAGAGACAAGCAGCUAAGAAGGCGGCGGAACAGCUGAAGAGCAGCAAGCCCAUACAGGAAACCGCCUUCUCAACUGCGAAUGAAUCUGCAGAGAAGGAACUAGCGGCGACGACAACGGGGACGCCGUCGACAGGAACAACAACAUCGCCGGUAAAAAUCACGAGAAGAACUUCACUAAAGGAAGCACCGAACACUCCAAAGGAAAGCUCACCUAACCGAAGAAAGUCGAAGGAGGAGGCAGUGGUGAUAGCAACGAAAACGACAACACCAAUCAAGCGUCGGAUUGCUGCACCCAAUCUUUCCAGCUCCAGCUCCGGGGACAGUGAUAGCUCCAGCUCCUCCAGCAGCUCGGGGAGCAGCUCGAGCAGUGGCAGUGGCAGUGAUUCAGAUAGCGAAUCGCAGGCCAGCGAUGCAGAGAAGCCAAGGCAAGCAAGCAAGGAGGCAGUUCCAAGCGCUGUAGCACCCUACAGUACCAUGUCCUCCAAUGUGCCAAAGCGUUCACCGCGCAAGUCUGUGGACAAACCUAUAGCAUCAACAGCAGCCGUAGUUACGGCGCCGCCCCCGCCACCACCGCCUCAGGCUGCCAGGACUCGUCAGAACUCCACCAACAAAUCGCCAAAGAGAGCACCCCAGAAGUCAGUGGCCACGAUUGCCAUUCAGGACGAUGCCCAAAACGCCCCCAAACUGCAAUCCUAUCGCAGCCAAUCCUCUUCAGACGAGGGAUCAAAGCAAGUCCAGUCGGAGCAAUUCACCAAAAGAGCAACGCGUGCCUCCAAGUCGCGCCCUCCCUCGCCAGAAAAACAGACUCCCCGACGAAAAUCUCGAGCCGACGAGUCCCCCAAAAAGUUGCCAAACUUGGAGCACGAAAUCAAUCAGAGAAAGGCGGCCAGCGGAAAAGCUACCAGCGCGUUGGACAAGAUGCUGGAUAAAAAGCAACAGCAAAUCAACAACUCCACGCCAGUAUCACCUCUCAGAAAUUCCCCCACACCCAUACCUACGCCUAUUACAACGCCGCCAGCUUCUUCUCCUCCGCCCGUUAAGCUCCUACAUGAGCCCGAGCCAGUCGUCGAACCCGAGGUGGGGAUAGAGCCCGACCAAGAGCCGGAACCAACAACAGAGGCAGGGGAAUUGCCCAUGGAUAUUGAUGAGGAGCUGACCACCGCUCCAACGCAUACGCAGCUAUCGGCCAAUGCCAGCAAACUCGCAGACAUCAUUGAUGACGAGCGUCCGCCUGCCGCUCCACUUCCUGCCUCGCCCACACCCACUCCCACCUCGAACGACGAGUUGUCGGAUGCAGGCAGUGAUCUCAGCGAGCGGUGUCGCAGUCGCUGGCGCUCGAGGCGGAGGAGAAGGAGACGAAGCCACGAGCCAGACGAAGAGCACACCCAUCACACGCAGCACCUCCUGAACGAGAUGGAAAUGGCCCGCGAGUUGGAGGAGGAAAGGAAGAACGAGCUGCUGGCGAAUGCUAGUAAGUAUUCGGCGUCAACAUCGUCUCCAGCAGUGACCGUCAUCCCACCCGAUCCCCCGGAAAUCAUAGAAUUGGAUUCGAACUCGGCCAACUCGGGAGAUCAGCAACAACAGGCGCAUCCGCAACUGCAAGAUCAACCGUUGCCAAAACAGUUGAUGGUACACUCACCCGCAAGCGAGGUUGUCUCUACCAUUCAGCAGCAACAGCAGCCCCCGCCUUCGCAUCAGACCUUAAUCGCGCAGUUGCCUGUGGAGCACAUGGCCCCUGUGCUGACAAUCGGUCCAGCCGCACCAUGUGUCCUAGAGCCGAUUGUGGACACCAUUCUAGAGAUGGAGGACAGCAAGUUUGCGAAUAACUUUGCGUCGAGCCUAGCCAGCGUGUUGAAUCCACCCAAUCCCGGGCAAAUGAGUCUCCUCGGAUCGAGCCUGGACAGAGGCGAGCAAAUCUCUGAAGAGGAUAGCAUCCAGGCCACCCGAACUCUUCUAGAGAAAUUGCGAAAGACGAAGCGGAAGGCCCAGGAUGACUGUUGCUCGAAGGAAGCCGUUGACUUGUUGCCCCCCACGCCAGCCAUUCCGUCGGUGUUCCCGUUCCACAAUGCUGCUGACCCCGAGGAUAUUAUUCACGCCCAAAAGGAGCAGCAGCAGCAUCAGCAGAAUCAACAACAGCAACAAAAAAGUUGUCUGUAUGGGAACUCUUCAGGACCGAACUCUGUGGCUUCUCUAACCAUCAAGGACUCGCCAAUGACAGCCAACAGUGGAAGUUAUACCAAUAGCUUGACGAACACUCCGAAUGCCACGCCCACGAAUGCAACAAUGGGAAACAAUCUGGGAGCAAGCAGUGGCUACCAGGUGAACUUUGGCAACUCCCAGCAAGUGCCGCCCCUGAGCUGCUUCCUUGAGAAGUCAUCCCACCAAAAGGGAGGCUGUCCUCUUUCCAAAAAUGGAGGAGGAGUUGCUGGACUAGCGGGGGCCACUCCAGACUUUGUGGACCUCGCUGCGGCGGCUGUGAAAAAUAGUAUCGAUAGCUACCAAGUCGUAGCAGCAAUUCCGGGCUCCCAGUCCGGGGCAGGAAGCAACAACAACAAGCUCAGCGACUACGACGAGAACACACGAAUGCAGUCGCCCUUCGGCAGGAUGCAGCGCUGGAACGAAAACGAUCUAAUAGCAGCGCGGCGCAGUAGCUCCCCCAGCUCUGUAUCGGAGUCUAACGAUCAGCCCCCAGAAUCGGUGGCUGCCCGCAACAUAUCCCAGCUGGAGGGCUGCAAGACCUUCUUCAACAGCUACGCCAGUGGUAAUGGUGGAGGCGGGAGUGCAGUCAAUCCCACUGCUCCCUACAGUCAUGCUCCUCUGGUCAAUGGCAUUGACGGAAUAUCCAUGUUCAGCAGCGCAGCAGCGCCACAGCAACAAACGACGCCGACCCACCAGCAGCAGCAACAGCAGCGGACGCCGAAUAGUCAGUACAACGGAAGAAUCUAUCCCCAACUGGCGUCGAUGAUGCACACCCAGUCAACGCCAACGGAACCGAAUCCGAGUUUGUACGGCAAUGGUGGAGUGGGUGUGGUGUCUGGUGUGAGUGUGGGACCUGUACCGACAGCUCUGCCACCGCCACCACAAGCACACCAGUACUCCGGGACGCCGUACACCACGCCCAGCCUGGGAAUGCUUCCCGUUCAGCAGCAGCCUGUCGUUCCGCCCGUUCAAGUCACGACUACCUCGAAUCAUCAGUUUGCCCUGGCCCCGCCGGUAGAUGGAAAGAUUCCCGCCUACCCUGCUCAUUCAGCUCAACUGCUUAGCAGUUGCGUGGAGGCAGCAGUAGUGUCGAUGAUGCCCCCAACGACGCCAGGUACCGUUGCAGUCAAAGAGUCGCCGAACAAGAGGAGCAGCGUCAAUAGCGGGAUCGCAGCUAAGAAGCAGGCAAACAAAUCUCCACAACUGCCGCAGGGCAAAUCUCCGGGAAAGUCUCCCAGGCAACCCCUGCAGCCGCCUACGCCUCCUACACCCACUCCGGCUGUGACUGUACCACCAUCCAAGUACGAUCCGCUAACACACACGAUUCAGGGUAAGCCCCGCCAACGCGCGCCGAGGGGAAGUGUUGGCUCCGGGGCUCCAGGUAGAGGCAGGGGACGUGGCAGGGGACGGGGUCGUGGAGCAGGAACUGCCAGUGGAAUGGCCAUGUCGCUCCCGCCGCCCAUGUCAGAUUACGGAAGCAACACGCAUAUAGUCAACAACCUGGUGGGAACGCCCUUUGAGUUCAAUAAUUACGACGAUGACAUGGCGGGACCAGGAGUGGAGAAUCUGCAGUCGUUGAGGAAUCGGCGCAGAAGCUUUGAGCUGCGAACACCGCGAGGACAGGCCAAGCCCACACCAACGGCCAGUGCUGCGACAACAACGAAUCCGUUACUGCAUCCUGUGCUGCCAGGGCCAGUGGACAUGAGGACCUACAAUCUCGGCUUCGAGGCUCCACAUAGCACGGCUUCCCAGGAGGCCUACCAGAACAACCUCCUGGGAGCCUUUGACUCUGGAACCGCAGAUCAAACGCUGAGCGAGUUCGACGAGGAAGACGAACGCCAGUUCCAGUCGGCUCUUAGGGCGACAGGUACUGGAACCUCGCCCAGCAAGCAGCCAGCGGUGGCAGCAGCGCCAGUUGCUCCAGCUCCUAAUGCGAACUCUCAACCCACCGCAAAUCUUCUCCUGCACUCAACAGAGGCCAAUCAAAUGGCACUUAGUGUCGCUGCCACAGGCGGCGCAACCCACUUGAUGGAGGGAUCGCUGGUUGAGGCUUCCUUAGAGGCAACAUCGGAGGAGGUCUCAAUAGACUCGGACACAACAAUUCUGAACAGCAAAACGUCCAUCUGCGAUGCCCGGAAUCAGCUGAAGCUGAAGAUCAAGAGCCCCCUGGCUUACUCUGGGGAGCACUACAGCACAAUGACAAACAGCCUGAGCAGCAGCCUGAGUCUCUCCAGCAGCACUCUGGUUCAGUCUUCGAGUGCUGUGCAAACCACGAUGUCCACCUCCACGGUGGUCAGUGCUUCCUCCGUGGGCAGCGGCAACUCGCGACGAAUGCGAAAGAAGGAGCUGCUCAGUUUGUAUGUGGUGCAGAAGGACAACCUCAACGACGACAGCUCUUGCGGACUUCCAGCGGCGUCCGACAACCUUCCCCUGGAGAACCUCCUGCGCAAGUCUGAGGAGGAGGAGGAUGUGGCCACCGGCAAUGGAAAUGGGAAUGGGUCUAAGAGAUUCAAGAAGAACUCCAGCAGCAGGGAACUGCGCGCUCUCGACGCUAAUUCAGUGCUAGCGGAGGACCAACUGCUCUCGGGCGUUUCGGGCGGCGGAGCAGGAACGGUAUCUGGCGAUGGAAGACGUCGCAGCGCUUGCAGCUCGGGAAGUAAUAACGACAACAACGGCAAGACCGGUGCGGCCAGCAGUGCAGGUAAGCGUCGGGGACGGAGCAAGACUCUCGAGAGCAGCGAAGACGAUCAUCAGACCCCCAAGUUGAAGAUUAAAAUCCGGGGCUUGUCGGGUAGCGAGGCAGUCGGUUCUGUAGGAAUUCCCAAUGCGGGCGAUAGCAAGAGCUACAGCUAUGAGAUGACCCGAAGAGCUUGUCCUCCAAAGAAGCGCUUGACAAGCAACUACAGCACUCCCACGCUGGAGGAGAUUAAGAGGGAUUCCAUGAACUAUCGUAAAAAAGUCAUGCAGGACUUUGACAAAGGCGAGGAACAUAAUAAGCGGGAUAAAUCUGGCAUAGCUCUGGAUGGCGAAACUCUGAUGCCUCAGCCUCCCAGCAAGCGACCAAAGUCGUCAAAGCCGAAAAAGGACAAGAAGGAGAAGAAACGCCAAAAGCAGAAGCAGCUCAUCCUGAACAGUAGCACAACCACAACCACAAUGACUACCACGUUGAUUGAGAACACAGCCAGUGCCUCACCAGGCGAUAAGCCAAAGCUGAUCCUUCGAAUUAACAAGCGCAAAACUGAGACUUCGACAAAAAUCACGUGCUUGGAGCAGCCGCCGGUGAACGAGGCACCGCUGCGCCUAAAGAUAGCCAGAAACUCCUCAGGAGGAGGGUAUAUAAUCGGCGCUAAAGCUGAAAAGAAGGAAGAUCCGCCACGUGAUCCGCCAAAUGUGUCCCCCCAUCAGCUACCGAUGAUGGCUCCCCACGGGGAGACAUCGCCCCAAGGGCGGCUUCUCAACAGCUUUACACCGCACUCCCAGAAUGCGAAUGCCUCUCCAGCACUGCUAGGCAAAGACACCGGAACGCCAUCGCCGCCCUGUUUGGUAAUAGACUCCAGCAAGAGUGCUGAUGUGCAUGACUCCACUUCGCUGCCGGAGAGCGGCGUGGCUGCCAUGGGUGUUCCUGACUCCCUGGUUGGCGCCACUACCCCACUUUGCGUGAACGUAGGUAAUUAUGAGAAUAGCAACAACUCGUUGCCAUCGGCCAGCGGCACUGGGUCUGCAUCCAGUAAUUCCUGCAACAGCAAUUCGAACAACAAUAACAAUAACGGCAGCGGAGGGGGCGCAGCCAGCGGGGGUGGCAGUUUGCUUCCAUUGAAAAAAGACUGUGAGGUUAGAUGAUAAUCAUAAAAAGCGAGACAAUCGCUAACAUGUGUGUUUUCUAUCACUUCAUUCAUUUCAUUUUCCCUUUGUGUGAUUUCUCUGUCCUUGCCCCUUUAGGUGUAAAUGAGCAUUAGUCGCCUCCCCUCCCAUUCCCUUCCAUAUCCCUCGCGAACUUUAAAUUGUACAGCUAGUUUGUAAGCCUCCUUCCUACCUUCUACCCUACUCCUUUGUCUGUAACAUGUUUGUUGUAAUCGCAUGAGCGUAAACAAGAUAUUAUCAAUAUAUAGAGAACCGUCUAUAUAUACAUAUAUAUGUAUAGAUCAUUAUGUAUAGUAAGGCCUCACUGCAAGAAACAAGUAAAUCUAAUUGUACAUUUUUAGUAAAAGCUGAUUAUACUUUUAAGGUUUUGUAAAAUACUGUAUUAAAGUUAAAAAACAAAACGCAAUUGAAUGUGUAACCCAAAAAAUCCAAAAAUGCUCUCGGUCUAGGUUUACGAAUGCCUCCAUUCACCCAAAAAUCCUUCCACUCCUACUCACUCAAAUGAUCGAUAAAACCAAGCAUAUGCAUAAACUAAAAACUAUUUAUUAAUAUAUAUUUAAUUCAAAAAUGCGUAUAAUAAUCGUAAAAUAUUAGCAAAAAAAAACUGUUAAAUGCGUGCAAAAGAAACAAAAAAAAAACACAAAAAAUGUAGCCUAUAGUCAUUAAUUGUAGUUCUUAGCGAAAAUCAAAGUCGGUAGGUACUCCCUGACCGCAAUCUAAGUGCAUAUAACUCCCCUUCCUCAUCUCCAGCCUAUACCUAUACCUAGAGAGAUUAACAAGAAAUCAACAUCUUAUUAUCCUACCCAAUUCAUGGGUAAUGUUUGUAUUUUAGAAUGUAAGAGUGCGACGAGUCGUAUCGAAAAGAAACUCCAAAUGAAAUAGUUUCGUUUUAUUUUUUUUUUAGCGUUUUUUAAAGUGUAAAAGCAAUAGAAACAUACGCAAAAGUCCACUGGUUUUCUAUAAGCAAAGAUCUGUUGCUCGAUCCAAGUCAUGAACACACAUACACCCAAAACACAAAACAAAAAAAUCGCUUUUAAACCCGAGGCACUCUAGCCAUCUUAGAGAUAUUCACCCAAUGUGAUUACAUUCCAGAUUCCAGUUCAGGUCCUCAAAGACUUUUAAUUCCCCAAAGACUUUUAGAAAAUCCUAACCGCCAUAAGGUCGUUGUGCAUGCUAUUUCUCUUCACUAAAUUAGUUAUUGACUUAAUCACAUUGGGCGUGGAGCCUCCAUUAAAAGGUAAAAGCUAUCCAGAAUACAUUAAAUAAACAAAUGCAACAAAUAUUAAUUCCAGAAUAUUAAACACCCAAAAGAAGGCAUAGGGAAUAAUUCAAGUUGUGCGAAGAAUAAAUUGUAUACAGUAAUUUCAAGAGUAAAUUUAAAAGUUUUCGAUAAUUGUGUAAUUGUAAAUAAGUGUGUGCGAGAAAUGUUUUUAAUUAUUAUUAUUACGUU